UAUCGAUUAACAGCCGAAUGCGAGCCGGCACAAAUGGAGAACUUUGGCGUUACGAAAAUGGGUGGUUACAUGGCGAUAAUCGGCGGUACUGACGCGGUAACAGGCGACCUUCUGCAAGCCUGGGUCCCUGGGCAGGGCGAAGAACUCAAGAGCGCAUACAACGAGGUUUAUGACAUCACCGCAUUCACAUUGAACAGCAGCCAUGUGUUUCUGGGGAGUUUGACGAGCUUUAAUCAUACAAACGACACCAUUUCCUCGGCAUUCGGCCCCAUCCGUCCAACGGCCUUCAAUAUGACGCACCAAGGCUUUAGCGGGACGAAAGGAAUCAUGUCCGCCUGGGGCAUCCGGUGUUCACUCAACCGCCAAUCCGGCCAUCUAAACAUCACGCGCUCGCCCAACAGCCGCCCCUUUAUCACCAGCACGGCCUUCAGCGACGAGAAACAACACGUCCCCUCCCUCCUCGCUUCGUGGCAAGUCAACCUAAACUACCAUGCCCCGCUGUCCGCGAUCGCGGGCCUAGGGCCACCACUCGCGCGCUCGGCGCUCAACGCGUCGAACAACGGAUCUCCGGUGGAUCGGCUCAGCUUCGAAACGUUCGCCCAGAACUACCUCUACGCGUCCGCGGAGGCACAGCGCAUCAUGCACGAAGUCGCAGCCUCGAACGCCUCGCGCAGCCGCCCGGAGUUCUUCUACGACGUCCCCGCCACCGUCGCUACGCUCUACUACCGCAUCACGUACGUGCCGGUCGUCUUGUUGCUCGGCCUGCUGUCCCUGCUCCUCGCGGCGCUCGUGACUGCUGGGUUGAUGCUCGGCGCGACGGGAUCGCUGAGCGCGAAAACGUUCAGGCAGGUCGACGCUACGAGGCUGGUUGUUGACUGCGUGGCGGGGCUGGGUGCGGGGAAGAGCGACGCAGGCGACAGCGAUGCGUUUGCGAGGCUUGCGCCCGCGCCGAACGAGGAGAUCGCAAAGUGGGUGGAGGGGUAUCGCGUCGCGUACGAGAAAGUGGACGAAGAUGGGGAUGUUGUGGUGAGGUUGCGGAGGGUGGGAGACGCGCUGAGAUAAGUGCACACCGUUAGCAACAAAGGAUUGCGCCGCUACGCAUCAGGUGUCACAAUUAGCGGCAGAUCGAAGGAAGCUUACAUCGUCCAAUCAUUCCCAGCCACGGCGCUACGCCGCGCUGCUGCGGAUCAGGCCGCAACGGCGCGAAAGGCGCUAGUGAAUGCGCCUCCCGACUCAGCCUCAAACGGUCUAGACGGAUGGCGCCGCCUCGCCAAAAAUAC